AUGCCGGAAGAUGAGUCGUCUAAGGAAUCUAAGUCGAGUCGUCAGUCCCUUCUCCUGGACAUGCUUGCUGGUGGCACAGCAUCUGCAAUUUCAAAAACCAUAAUGGCGCCUAUGGAACGAGUUAAACUGCUGUUACAAGUGCAGACCAAAUUGAAGAAAAUUGAAAACAAGGCAAAUUACAGAGGUGUAGUGGAUUGCUUCGUUAGAGUCUUCAAGGAAGAAGGCUUUCUCAGUUAUUGGCGGGGAAACCUUGCUAACAUCGUACGAGUUGUUCCCUUACAGGCCUUAAAUUUUUCACUCAAAGACAGAUACAAGGAAAUAUUUCUUAAAGAUGAACGUAACGCAAGUUUUUGGAGACUUUUUCUUGGAAAUUUGGCAUCUGGUGGAGCAGCGAGUGCAACAUCUCUUACCGUUGUAUACCCACUGGAUUUUGCUCGAACAAGACUGGCCGCAGACACUGGCAGGACUUCCGUUGAUAGACAGUUCCGUGGUAUGACAGACUGCUUGGUGAAAACAUUCAAGUCAGAUGGUAUUGUUGGGCUCUACAGAGGUUUUUGGAUAUCCUUACCUGGUGUCAUCAUCUAUAGAGCAGUUGCACUUGGAGGUUUCGACACAAUAAAGGCACUACUGCCUCAAUCAAAACAAGAUUCUAUGGGUACAUCAUUGUGUAUUGCUUUGGGAGUAAUGUCGCUUGCUACCGCAAUGUCGCACCCUUUCGACACGGUACGCCGUCGGAUGAUGAUGCAAUCUGGACGGAAGGGCAGCGACGUCAUGUACAAGAACGCUCUCCAAUGUUGGGCUAAGGUCUACAGAUUGGAGGGAGCCCGCGCUUUCUUCAGAGGUGCACUUCCCAACGUCCUACGGGGCAUUGGGGGUGCCAUAACCAUUGUACUGUAUGAUGAAUUCAAGAAACGUUCUUACGGAAACCUUAGCAGACGCGUGCCCUCUUGA